AUUUGAUUCCCCUCUAUAAGUUAUUCCAAUCAGGGUUUUAUAAGCCUAACACAUUUUGCCUUCCUCUUUAUAAUGCUUAUCAACAAGAGUAUCCUCGCUGUCGCGUUUGCUGGCAUUGCUCAAGCAAUCAGCCGUGCAGAUCCACCCUAUUUUCCUGCAAAUUGCAAAACACCCAGUGUCACCCCUGAGAUUCGCGACCUCCCGGCACGUAAUUUCUUUGGCAAAACGGUUUAUCCAUGUGUCAAAGUUGGAGAGACCUGUAAAACCUUCAAGGACUGCACACGUCCCCCGGCUGCUGAGUGCCACAAGGACAGAACGGACCGGAAAUACAUUUUCCCUCAGGCUGGGUCUUGCAUUGACGGCUUCUGCCGCCAUAUCUCGGACAAAAAGGAGUGCCCUUGCGACUGUCUCGCUGGAUGUGAUCUCAAAGACUUCGAUCGCGAUCUGAGUUGUAUCAAUGGGAGGUGCAAGGCUGCUGAAUGCGCUCCAUGUGGCGAGUUUCCCAAUAACCGCGCAUGCUGCGCCCCUGGGGUGAAAGGUCAAGAUGGUAGAUGUUUCUGCGGUACUGGUGCAGGAGAAGGAUGUGCCACAAACCCUGAAAAGUGUGACUCUGGAGAAUUCAAUGAUAUGUGCUGUGGUAGAGGUACAGAUAAUGAAGGCAAGUGCUGUGCUUCGGGUUCAUGCAAUGGUCGAUGCUUGCAUCAGCCAAAGUAGGACGAAUACUUUCCUAAGUAUAGAUAUUUGAGCAGAGAGAUAAUUGGACAUUGGGAGCUCGACAUCAAGUCGGCUCAUGUUGAGGUACGGUUUAAGUUAUUAUUGGGAUUAGGCUUUAGAUAAAAAGGGGUUUUUCGCCGC